CUCCUGCUCCUCCUCCUCCUCUUCCUCCUCCUGCUUCUGCUCAGAUCAGCGAUCAGUGGCUCUGCGCUCUGCAAUCCCCUGGGAUACUGUACCGCCCUCGAUGGCUCUGCUAUCGGCGCUUCGCUCCCACUGAAUGGCUGCUGCCCGGUGCGAGGAGGAAGAGGAGAAGAAGAAGAAGCAGCAGCAGCAGUGGAGAAGAGAGAAGAGAGCUCUGCUGAGUCUCCUGCUCUGUUAACCAACGACUUCCCAGCCAGCCGAGCCAGCCAGCGAGGGGACCCUUCGGUGGUGUGCGUAGGCGCACCAUGGCCCAGACCCUCCAGAUGGCGAUCCCAAACUUCGGCAACAACGUAUUAGAGUGUCUGAACGAGCAGCGGCUGCAGGGCCUCUACUGCGACGUCUCCGUGGUGGUCAAGGGCCACGCCUUCAAGGCCCAUCGAGCUGUGCUUGCUGCCAGCAGUUCUUAUUUCCGGGACCUCUUCAGCGGCAGCGGUGGUGGCGGCGGCGGCGGCAAUGAGACGAGCCCGACCGUCGUGGAGCUCCCGUCGGCCGUGCAGCCUCAGAGCUUCCAGCAGAUUCUGUCUUUCUGCUACACGGGCCGCCUCAGCAUGACGGUGGGGGACCAGUUCCUCCUCAUGUACACCGCCGGCUUCCUGCAGAUCCAACAGAUCAUGGAGAAAGGCACCGAGUUCUUCCUCAAGGUGUCCUCCCCCAGCUGCGACUCCCAGGGCCUUCACGCUGAGGAGGCGGUACCCUCUGAGCCCCAGAGCCCCGUAACGCAGACCAGUAACGGUGCAGGCCGGCCCGCCUCCUGCCUGACGCCGCUCCCUCUGGUAUCACGAGUGAAGACGGAGCAGCCCUCCAGCCAGCCGGAAGCGGCCGCUCCUUACUCGGUGGUCUGCACUCCCGUAGCCAAGCGUCUGUGGGAGGGCGGCAGCAGCCGAGACGGCGGCGGGGUAGGCUCAGGGGGAGGAGGCGGCGCCAGGAAGGCGGCUCGUUAUUCCCAGGAGGCGGUGCGGGGCAGCACCAUUCAGAGCCCCGGAGCCAUCGGACUGGCCAUGGGUAUGGGCGCCAACGGGACCGGCCUGGCGGGCAUGGCUGGCGGCGGCGGCGGCACCAACGGGAGCUCUGCAGCAGGCCUCGGCAUGUCAGACGGCGCCAGCCCUGGCACCCUCAGUACCUACGCCAGUGACUCACCCAUCAGCUACCAUGACGAUGAAGAAGAGGAAGAGGGGACAGAUGAGUGUGCUGAAGAGCAGUAUAGGCAAAUCUGCAACAUGUAUACGAUGUACAGCAUGCUCAACAUGGGAGCUGCAGCAGCCGGUGAGCGUGUCGAGGCUCUACCAGACCACACGGAGACUCGGGGUCGGAUGCGAGGCAGAGACCUCACGUGUCUGCCCGCAGAACUCAUCGCUCAGAUCGGCAACCGCUGUCAUCCCAAACUGUACGAGGAAGGAGACCCUGCUGAGAAACUAGAGUUAGUCUCAGGUACUUCUGUGUAUAUAUCGCGAGCCCAGCUAAUGAACUGUCAUGUGAGCGCGGGGACCAGACACAAGGUGCUGCUGAGGAGGCUGCUGGCUGCCUUCUUUGACAGGAAUACUCUGGCCAACAGCUGUGGGACAGGCAUCCGCUCGUCCACCAAUGACCCGAGCCGCAAGCCCCUGGACAACAGAGUUCUGCACGCGGUCAAAUUUUAUUGCCAGAACUUCGCCACCAGCUUCAAAGAGAGCGAGAUGAACGCCAUCGCGGCCGACAUGUGCACCAAUGCCCGACGCGUGGUCCGCAAGAGCUGGAUCCCCAAGCUGAAGCUCCUGAUGGCCGAGAGCGACGCCUACACCGCUUUCCUCCCCGACGGCGUCAAGAUGGAGGACGACGCCCUGGGGGGGGCGGACCCGGCCUUCGACCCAGCCUCUUUGGAGGCGGCGGGCGGCGCCGGCAUGGAGUCGGGCGGCUCCUCAGGUGAAUCGCUACCGGGCGUGGGCGGGGACGGAGGACCGUUAUUUUGAACAUUGUGUGUUUGGGGAAAGGUUGAAAUGUUGGUGACACCAGUAUUCCCCCCCCCACGCCACCCCUCGUUGUGCUUGCCUCCUCACUCUUCGGCCCACGCUGAUCUCUCACACUGCUCGGGUCAACCGUCGUCGUCGCCCUGAUGUAACCGGGACAUGAAAACUUUUAAUUUCCGCUUUAUGACUGUACAAGUUGAGGAACGGGAGUGAGUGAGAGGGUUUUCUCCUAACCGCCCUCGGCCUCCCCUCGUCUCUUUAAGGUGUGUGAGCGCAUCCACUGUUGCAUAUUAAAUACAUUCCCUGAAGUGCAGGUGAUGGAGGAAGGGAGCUGCUAGUGCAGCCUGAGGAGGAAGAGACGGCUGGAAGGCGGCGAGCAGGGUCUGAAAUUAACGCUUUUCACUUCCUGCCACUGUGGCGUUUUUUUAAAUUGUUUUUUAUCUGCCACUUUUGAAAUCUCUACGCUAAAUGAAGGAAUAAUAUUUUAGAUCUGAUGUCAUUCAAUGUUCGAUAUAUUUCACAUUAAAACACAUUGGUAACACUUCAUGGUAACGAGGUGAUAAUUAGCAAGUAACCUAUUUGAAAUAUCUUUGGAAUUACUGCCAAAUUACCCCAAUAUUUACCUCAAUUUAUCAAAAAUUACUUUAUUAUAAACAUUAUUUAAUAAUUAUAUUCUGCUA